AUGGUUUACACUCCGAAAAAUAACGAUCAUCCUAAAAAGGAAAAAAAAAAGAAAAAACAAAAAAGAAAAUCAUCGACGGAUGAAACGACGAUGACGAUGACGUCGACAACCGCGACGACAACAACCACGACAACAGAUCAAGAACAAUCGACGCAAACGAUUCCACCGUCGGAAAAUUUAUUGAUGAAAAAAAAUCUUAUUUUACAAAAAUCUAAAACUCUCAUGGAUUUUCGUAGGAAAUCGAAAACGAUCGAUAAAUCAUCAUCGAUUCCGGAUUCAUCCGUGUUUCGUUUGGAAUGGAAUCAAUUAUCGUUUCGUAAGAAAAUCAAUAGGUUCAUACAAAAUUCGCCAUUGUUGACGAGAGGAAAUUAUUUGAAAAAUACUCAGAGUUUAAAAAGUAAUUUAAAUUUUUUAUCGGAUUCUUUGGAAAGUUUAAAAAUAGACGAAAAUAAAAUAUUGAACACUCCGACGAAUCCGAUUCCGUUCGAUUUAUCGAAACCCUCGUUUUCCAUGUUCGAGAAUCAAAAAGUUAAAAUGUUGAAAAAAUUCAAAUCGAAAAGGGGUGACGACCGAGACGAUUCCGUUAGGAUAUGUUGGAAAUGUAUGGAAGCGGAAGAAGUCGGAGAAGAAAAAACAAUCAAUAAAAAAUCAUCAUCAUUAUUAUUAUUAUCAGGAUUGAAAAAAGGUGGUAGCUUAUGGAAUUUAUCCCCUUUAUCACUGGAUAAGAUAACGGGUAAAAAAAUUAUUAAAAGAUCGGAAAGUCUUCAAUUAUCCUCGUCGACGUCGUCGUCGUCUGGAUUCUGGUCUAAAAUUCCAGUGAGUAUUUAUAUGAAAUUUUUUUUUUAA